CAUAGAUAACUUUAGAUUCAUCCAGAUAAUCCAAAUCUCUCUUAAUUUCAUUCAAUAACUUAUCAUAAUUAUCUUUAUACAAAUUUAAAUUUUUUGCAGUCAUAUUCACACCCAGAUACUUCACCGAGAUGGCUUUGAAAGAGGACGAGGCCAGUUGGUGGAGGAGGAGAGGGCGAUGCGGGGCUCUUCUGCUCUGUCUCCGCCGUCGGAGGCUGCAAGGCUUUGGAGUCCCAGUUGCGGGGAGACCUUUGCUGAUGAAGCCAGGAAAAGUCUUUGCUGCCUUGCCUUCUGCUGUUUGGCCUCUUUUACCAUGCGAACUUGACCAGAUAGGACAUACCUGAUCUCUUUAAGGUCUGGCCACGCGUUCAGAAACCGUUUAUUCCGUUUCGUAACCCAAGAUUUCUGCCUGUGUUUUCUUGCUGCUGUAUGGAGAAAUGCAUGAAUCUGAACUUGGAAAGUUUAAUUUGCUAACACGUCUAAUUCGAACAGACAGAACUUGGCAGAAGAUCAAUGGGUUCCUUCAUCUCCCUUGGAGUCUUCCUGAGAGCACAGAUAGAUGAGGAAGACUCAGCUGGCCCUGAAGGAGGAAGAGGCCAUGCCGUCAGAACUGGGAGCAGUGGGGGAUUCUGGGAAAACGCUGUGCAGAAGAUCCUGGGUGAGGGGGACACUCUCCGCUCAGAUGUGCAGAGCCAGCAGUUCCGGCAGUUCUGCUGCCAGGAGGCCAAAGGACCUCGAGAAGUUUGCAGCCGACUCUACAACCUUUGCCGGCAAUGGCUGAAGCCAGAAAGGCACACGAAAGCUGAGAUGCUGGACCUGGUGAUCUUGGAGCAGUUCCUGGCUGCCCUUCCACCGGAGAUGGAGAGCUGGGUGAGGGAAUGUGGAGCCGAGACCAGUUCCCAGGCGGUGGCCCUGGCCGAAGGUUUCCUCCUGAGUCAGGCAGAGGAGAGAAAGCAGAGACAGGAUCUGUUUGCAGAAAUGGGUCUGGAUUCCUUUAGGACUGAAAGGACUCUGUUGGACACCAGAGAGAAGCCGCUGGGUGACAGGAUUAUGUCAGCAAGAUCUCCUCUUCCAUCUAUUCAUGGUGGUGAAGGAGAAGCAACGGCUGCGGAACCAGAUGGGGGUCCCGUGUGCUUUGAAGAUGUCACUGUUCAUUUCACAGACGAGGAGUGGGCGUUGCUGGAUCUUGACCAGAGAGCUCUGCAUAAGGAAGUCAUGGAGGAGAAUCGUGGGAUCGUGGCCUCUCUCAGUGGUGAUGAAUGGGAAAUUAAGAAGGGAGACCAUGACAUAAUUCACACACUGGAGAAGCCGUAUCAAUAUUUGGAGCAUGGAGAGAGCUUCAGCCAGAGCUCCCGUUCCUCUUCCCAUCAAAGAAAUCCCAUUGGGAACAAACCUUAUCAGUGCUUGGAAUGUGGAAAGAGCUUCAGUCGGAGGGAAAGUCUCACUUCCCAUCAGAGACUUCAUACGGGAGAAAAACCUUAUCACUGCUUGGAAUGUGGAAAGAGAUUCAUUCGGAAGAGAAGUCUCAGUUCUCAUCAAACCAUUCAUACAGGAAAGAAACCCUAUCAGUGCUUGGAAUGUGGGAAGUGUUUUAAUAUACACACAAACGUCCGUCGACAUCAGAUAAUUCACAGUGGGGAGAAACCGUAUCAGUGCUUGGAAUGUGGAAAGAGCUUUAAUAAGAGCUCCAAUCUCACUUCCCAUCAAAGUAUUCAUACAGGAGAGAAACCUUACAAGUGCUUGGAAUGCGGAAAGAGCUUUGGUCGGAACUCCCAUCUCACUUCCCAUCAAAGAAUUCAUAGAGAGGAGAAACCCUAUCAGUGCUUGGAAUGUGGAAAGAGCUUCCCUUGGAAGGAAAGUCUCACGUACCAUCAAAGAAUUCAUACAGGGGAGAAACCCUACCAGUGUAUGGAAUGUGGGAAGACCUUUACUACAAGUGCAAACAUCCGUCGACAUCAAAGUAUUCACAGUGGAGAGAAACCAUUUCAGUGCCAAGAGUGUGGAAAGGGCUUUAGUAGGAAGGAAAGUCUCGCUUCCCAUCAAAGCAUUCAUUCAGGGCAGAAACCCUACCAGUGCUUGGAAUGCGGAAAGAGCUUCAGUCGGAACUCCCAUCUCACUUCCCAUCAAAGCAUUCAUACAGGGGAGAAACCAUAUCAGUGCCUGGAAUGUGGAAACAGCUUCAGCAGGAGAGGCAAUCUCGCUACCCAUCAAAAAAUUCACAGCAGGGAGAAUAAUAGAAUUAUAGAAUUGCUGAGUUCAAAGGGACCCCAUGAGUCAUCUAGUCCAACCCCUUGCAAUGCAGGAAUCUCAGCUAAAGCAUCCCUGACAGACGACCAGACGACCUCUGCUUAAGAACCUCCAAGGAAGGAGAGUCCACCACCUCCUGAGGGAGUCUGUUCCUCUGUCAAAGAGCUCUUGCCUAGUGCAGAAUUUCAGUCCAUGUGUUGAGUGGUACUCUGAGGUCCAAGCACAGUAGCGGGUGGAUGGUAGCAGGUCAACGCUUUAUUGAACAGGGGCUACCCGGCUUAAGGCAGGCAGUAGCUGACCAGUGAGGCACUGAAAUCUAUCCCACCAACAAAGGCAACCUGUAGCUCUCGUAUCUUAUGCCAGUCAGGUUGAGCUUUUUUUGUUACCAAUGGUAACAGGUUUUCAGGUGGAAGAUACCAAUGAAGCACUUUCUGAUAUUACACAGUACAGAAGUGUUCUAGGCAAACUAAACUUCAUUGCCAGAUGUUCAAGACCCGAUAUUGCAGUCAGCACUAAUCUACUUAGCAGACACCCUUACAAUCCUACAGUUAAGGAUUGGAAAGCACUGAAGCGCAUAGCACGUUACCUGAAAGGUACUAUGCACUACAGACUAAGAUACAUUGAUCAAAAGUCUGGAGGUCUUGAAAUAUUUGCAGAUGCAGGUUUUGGAAGUGACACCACAGAUGGUAAACGCACAUCUGGAGUUUGCUACAUGUACAACCAGAGUCUGUUUGACUGGUCGUGCAAGAAGCAAACAGUGAGCCUAAGUUAUUGUGAAGCUGAACUCAAUGCUCUGUCAUAUUCACUUAUGGAUUGCGAAUGGUUGUUGCAAUUGUGUAAAGACAUGAGAAUUCAUGUAGAGUGUCCUAUACAGGUUUAUCAGGACAACAAAGCAUGUUUGGCUUUGCUAACUUCUGAAGAGAAGAAGAAGAAGAGUUUGGAUUUGAUAUCCCGCUUUAUCACUACCCGAAGGAGUCUCAAAGCGGCUAACAAUCUCCUUUCCCCUCCUCCCCCACAACAGACACCCUGUGAGGUGGGUGGGGCUGAGAGACUUCAGAGAAGUGUGACUAGCCCAAGGUCACCCAGCAGCUGCAUGUGCAGGAGCGGAGUCUACCGCUCUUAACCACUACACCACACUGGCUCUUCUGAGAGUUGUAAGCAAAGAACAAAGCACUUGCAGUUAAAAUUACGACACACAAGGACUUCCAGUCUACCGCCAGUGCUGAUCGGUGAGGAAUCCGCAAGCUCCGAGGUUCCUGGCGCUGUGAGGGUGGGGUGGGGGAGCCGCAAGAGCAAUGCGGCCCCCCAGAAGAACCCCAAAUCAUUACCUGGCAUGUAGAACACUUGACCUGGUCCCUUCCUAAUACACUCUCUUGCAUGACGUAACCUCAUCU